UUAUGAAAAAUUGGGUUGUGCGCCUGAAGCGAGUAGUAUUUAUUUCUCUGUCUUCUGUCCUCGGUUCCUGCUUUUUCAACUUUUGUCAAUGGAGGUCACUUUGACAACUUUCUUCCUGACAACCCCAGAACCCUGCUAAAAUCUAAACUUUUCUGAAAAGUUAAAAAAGGUAAUUCUAUGUGUACGUAUUACUAAUUUGAAGACCCAAAAACCCAGAAACUCAAACAAAACUUAACUCGCCUCACAUUUCCACUUUUAUUACUGAAUUCCUUUUUCCUUAGGUAUGAUCGUCGUUUUUUUUCUUCUUUUUGCUGUAAUACUUUGUUCUUUACCAAUUUAUAUCACUGAAAUCUCCAACCUUCUCAUAAUUUGACCUGCAUUUCACUUGAAUUAUAACCAUUUUGCCCCUUCCCCUGUUUUCAGAAACCUCAAAACCUAACUAUGGAAGUUGAAAAUCAUGGAAUUAAGAACCCUAAAGUUGUAUUUUCCCGGGAUUUUCCACCUGAUUGUGGGAUUUCAAACUCAUCUUUCAAGGGUUUCUCUGCUAAGAAGUCUUUUCAUCAUUAUACAAGAGAUUUUCCAACUGGGUGUGGUCCAAAUGCUUUAAAAAUCACCCAAAUUUUCACAGAAAAACUUUCAAGAAGUGGGAAAGAUUCUGAUUCUCUUACAUGGAGGCGCUAUGUUACUGCUAUGAAAAGUAAAGUGGGUAAUGAAGUAGUUACAAGAAACCCUCAAACUUUGAAGGGAAAAGAACUUGUUUUCAACAACAAUUACGAUGAGAAAAGAUUAGGAGAGAAGAAAAAGGUGGUUGAAAUCAAACAAACCCAGAAAUUAAAGGUUAAAGAACCAGUUUUGAGCAAUUCUAAGGAGAGAGAAAAAGUGCUUGAAAUGCUGGCAUUGUUUAGGAAGAGGCUUGAUGAAAUCUCACAAAGUGGGAGGGGAAUUAGGAGGGUUGAUACAACAGCAUAUGGUGAAUUGAAAAAUGAAGGAAAGAUUAUGAAUAGGUCUGCAUUGAUGAUUGGGUCUGUGCCUGGGGUAGAAGUUGGGGAUAAGUUUCAUUAUAGGAUAGAGUUGUUGCUUGUUGGGUUGCAUAAGCAAACUCAAGGUGGGAUUGAUAGUAUGGAGUGGCGCGGGAGUCGAUUGGCUACUUGUAUUGUUGCUAAUGAAAGGCAUUUAGACAAGAUGAAUGAUCCUAAUGCCUUGACUUACAUUGGGGAAGGCGGGGUUCUUAAGCGCCACGAAGUUGGGGUUCCUCCUGAUCAGGAGCUUAAGGGUGGGAAUCUUGCUUUGUCGAAUAGCAUGAAGGAGAAAAGGCCUGUUAGAGUAGUUAGGGGGCUCAGUUCCGAGAAGAGUUAUGGUCAGAGGGUAUUGUAUGUGUAUGAUGGGUUGUAUGAAGUGAGGGACUGUGAGAAGAAGAAAGGGCCACAAGGGAAUAUGAUCUACCAGUUUCAUCUGAUACGAUGCACCGGACAGCCUGCAGUUCCGUGGCUAGAUUGUAGACGAUAUCGUUUUUGAGGUUUCAGAUUAUGCUUUUUUGUCUGUGCAGAUAGGGGAAUGCAGUGCUUGAGCUCUUUGCAUUGUAUGAAGAUUAAAGUUAUUGGUUAUAUGGUUUUCCACCACCAUGUUGACUAUGGUACUAGCCAUUCCUAUCAGGCUCAUGCUUGAAAAGUAGAACAAGAUGAACAAGGGGCAAAAAAGGUUUUUUGUUUCUUUGAUAGCUGAAAGCUUUUCAAAAUUAGCAAAUUCUGGCUUCAAAGGGAUGUUUAUGGCAAGAUACUGAUAAUAGUGGUUCAAUCACACUUUGAGGAGCUCAAAGCUGGUUUUAAAAGAUCUGGCUUAUAUCUUAAAGAUACAGAUCAGAACGUGAUCCGACGGAUGUGGUUGUUCAGCCGUCAUGGAAGAAGGCCAGGCUCAAAUAUUCAGAGGAGUAGUUCCAAAGAAAAAUGGAAAUUGGGGUGCUCAAGUCAGCGUGAACAGGAAGCCAUUGUGGCUUGGAACUUAUGAAACUGUGGUAGAAGCUGCUAAUGCUUAUGAUAGAGCCAAUCUGAAGCUUCGUAGACUUUCAGCUCUUAAUAUUCCAUGGUAUGAUAGACCUCAAGAGAUAGAGUUUCAAAGUAUGUAUCCUUUUGCAACCGUCAUAUCCAUGAUAAAAAAUGGAACGUAUACGCAGAAUUAUGCAUAUUUCAUGACAGAUGAGGCUAUUCUGGCCAGAAAUCAAUGUCUUGCUGGUGCUAGGAACAGACAACAGAGUUCUGGGGAAACUGGAAUUAGUGGUGUCACAGAGGUGCAUAACCCAGUUAAGCUGUUCAGUGUACGAAUUGGUUAAGAUCUAGAACUGAUCCUUGCUCCAAUUGUGAUCCUCUAAAUCUAUGUUAUCUCUUUUCGUCAAUGCUGUUAUAUGGAUCUCUCGUGUUUUGUGUGUUAGUUUAUCAAAUAAGGUUUUCCAUGUAUGAAUGUUUGCAUUCUUAAAAAAUAUACGAAUAUAAAAAAUCGAA